AUGCUGGAUGCAGCCUGGGCUUUGCAGAUGGCGAGAGAGGAGCAGAGACCAUGGAGCUUGGCUUGCCUCGGACGAAAUGGCUACCUGCACUGGAGGGCAGACAUGCAGGCGCAGAAGCUCGUGCUUGCAGCAGAGCAGGAGUGGGCAGCCGAGCUGCCCCAAGGCAGCUACCGGUUGCAGAGCACGUGGCUGGAGCGGAGAGGUCUCUUCAUGGCUGAAAAGGAAAAGCGAGAUGAAGCAAGAAAGCAGCUGAAGGAUGCGAAGCUUCGUGCAGACCAGUCCGAGAUCGCCUACUGUCACCAUGAAGACGGGCAGCUGGGCGGCCAGAACCUCCUUGUCUUUUACCACCGCGCUGUGGGCUGCGGUGGCACGACGGCGACGUGGGGCGGUUUGGAAGAAGCAAAGCAGAAGCUACGUGAGUUUUACUUUGAGCAGCUCUUGUUGCGGCCGAAGCCAGAGAAUCGAACCCAGAAAGGUUGGCAGAACAUCCUGGAGUCAGCUCGCUUGAGUUUGGAGCCCAAGCUGGAUAGACUGAGCAGGAUCGAGGACGUUUUCGCUUUGGCUGAAAAGUGUUUGAACAAGAACCCGAGCAUCUUGGAAGAUUUUCGGUUCAUCGCAACAGAGAACGUGUGCCGUGAAGCUGUAGAGUGGAGUGCUCAAGAGAACUUUGUGCACGCGACUGAAGAGGGCAAGACGUUUGAGCGUGACCUGGAGAUCUUGUCUAGGUUGGACCAGGGCGAGAGCAGCGGAUCGGGCGUGUUCGAACAGUCGCUGGAGCCUCGAAGUGAACCACUCGACCUGACCGAGACCAGUGAGCCCACACCAAAGAGGUUGAAGUUCGAGAUUUUGGAAGCCUUAGGCAACAUGGUGAUGCAGGGCCAAGAGCAGAAUCGUUCUUUCAUGAGUUUGUUUCAGUCCAUGUCCAUUGAGCAGCAAAGACAGUCAGAAGAAUUGAAAGAGGCGGUCACUCACCUUGGUUCCAGGAAGGAAGCUCCGACGGGGUGGACGAAGUUCAUCCCUCGACCUGACCCUUUCAAGCCCAAAGACCGAGAAGAAGAGCUAACGCAAUGGCAAGAUUGGAGUUGGAGCUUCAAGCAGUGGAUCCUUGCAAUAAGCCCUGAGAUGUAUACUGCGAUUGAAGAGGUAGAGCAGGAUUUGAGUUCGCCUUGUGAAGAAGCCACUAUGACCGACGAUGCCAUCCUACAGGGAAAGCAGCUGUAUGCAAUCCUCACGAGCAUGCUUCGGGAAAGGCCUCUCCAAAUCCUCAAGAGUGUCACCGGUGCCAAUGGAUUCGAGACAUGGCGUGUGCUAAACAAUGUGCUGGCACCCACCAAUAAGACACGAGCGCUUGCACUUUUGGGAGCAAUCUCACAGUUUCCGGCAAUGAAUCAAGGGAAUCUCUUGGAGCAGGUGCUACGUCUUGAGGACCUCUUCCGCAAGUACGAGCAGGCGUCGGGAAAGCCAGUUCCGAAUGAGAUGCAGAGUGCAAUCUUGUUGCGUGUUUUGCCUCAGCAAGUUCGGUCACACUUGACAAUCACCAUCGGUGACGAUUCCACGUAUGAGAGCAUGAGAGACAUGAUCCUUCGGUGGGAGCGUUCUACACAGAAGUGGUCUUCGCAAAUCGUGACAGGAGGGGCACCGCAGAAACCUUCGCAUGAUGAUCCGAACGGCCCGAGCCCCAUGGAUGUCGAUCGUGUGAAAGGAUGGCCUAAAGGAAAGGGCAAAUGGGGUAAAGGGGCUGGCAAUGGUGGUGGCAAAGAUGGAGGAAAGUAUGGAGGAAAGAACGGCAAAGGCAAAGGUGGCAAAGGAGGAUAUGAGAGUCGUCCAGGCAAAGGAAAAGGUUAUGAGAAAGGAGGAAAAGGAAAACAGCCCUCGUGGAGCAGAAAUGAUUGGAGCAAAGGAGGAAAGGACAGAGGAAAGAAAGGAGGAAAGGGCAAAGAAAGGCUUUCUCAUGAUGCUUGUCGAAUCUGCGGGAAGUCAGGGCAUUGGGGCAAUGAGUGUUGGAUGAAGGACAAAGUUCGAAACGUCAGCCAGAAUGAUACAUCGUCCGCAUCGGGGAACAGUUCGUCCGCAUCGAGCUCAAAUUCAUCGACCGGAACAGCAAGUGUGAAGCGUGUGUUUGAUCUUGCAGACAGUGAUCGGCUUGGUGUCCCAAUGACAACGGUCUAUGAGAUGGACAGCGAGGGUUCAGAGUCGUAUGUGUCAGACAAUGAGUCGUGGUGGUGCAGAGUGAUCGAACAUUCUAUGGUUGAUGGUGAGGAUGAACUGGAAGUCAUCGACUUUGCUUGGGAGACGUACAGCGUCGUGGACAUGAGCUUAGAUGAUGCAUUGCUUGGAGAUGAAGAAUGGGUUGCGCAUGCAGAAGUAAGAGGGAUCAGCAGCAGGUCUGACGAGGGCUACAACGCUCUCUCUGAAGGGCUACCUCAGGAGGUGGUCUUGGAUUCAGGUGCUGACCUCAGUGUGAUGCCCCGAGCAUGGCUGGAAGCGAAUCUUGGAGACAGGGGUUCGAGUGCAACAGUUCGAAUGGUCGACGCCCAAGGGAAAGAGAUGAGGAACCAUGGUAGCAGGAAGAUCACCUUGGACCUAGGCCCAGCGAUGAUCCAAGAGGAGUUCUACGCGUCCGAUGUUGGUGCGCCCCUGAUCUCACUAGGGAGAUUGCUGAAGAAAGGUUGGAGCCUCGACCAUAGGAAUGGACUUCUGCAUCUGUGCAAUGAUCCCGAAGAGAUAGAAGCGCCGGUCUCAUUCCGAAGGAAUAGCCUUGUGGUUGAUGCCAGAGUGUUCAUGGUCCGGGAUGAUGAGGUGAAAGAGCCAGAAGAAGAAUGUGUUCGAGCAAGCAAAGAAGGCCGGAUUAUAGUGCAACCACAUUUCAACAUCCACGGACUUUCUCCAGGGUGGAAUUUCCUCGACUGUGGUGAUCCUUGCAUCUUGAAGAGAGAUAAGGUCCGCCUCGAUCCUUCAGAUGACAUGUCAGUGCAUUUGUGGAAGUAUCGCACGACUUUGGUGUUCAGACAGGAAGCGUGGGAGCUUGUGGACUUCCAGGAGCCCCUGGAAAACGUGGAGAACCUGAGUGAGGUGAUUGAACAUGGCGAUGCAGCAGUCCUGAUAUUCACCAUCAUGCAUCGUACGAAAGGUGACCCCGAUCACUACGGCCUAACGCUCGUUGCUGAAGCUGGAACUUCCGAGGCAGAUGAAGUGAAAGAUUGGCCAGUUGAUCUUGAUCUGUAUGCCGAAGAGAUGAGCGUAGCUGAUCCGCAUGAACAAAUGAGCCCAAUCGAUCUCCCAGGUGUAUGUGAUCAAGAUGGACAUGAAGAACAGGUGGGCGCAAGUCCCGCCCCAAUGUUGAUCGGAUGUGGAGAAGAAGACCAUGUGGUAGUAGAGGGACUGCGGUUGAACGAGGAUUCGAGUGCUCGAGAACUACGAGAAGCGUGCAAAGCUUUAGGACUGGGGAUGUCUGGUUCCAAGAAAGUUAUGUUCCAGAGGUUGAUGAGUCACUCAAAGAAGAGAGCACUGGAGGAUGCGAUGGCGCUGGAGAAUGCGGCGAAACCUCAUGAACAUCAACCACGUGGAGAGCGACUUCCUAAGCAACCAACUGCUGAUGAGAUUGCCGAGCAUGAGCUCACUCAUGUACCGUUCAAGGAAUGGUGCAGCUACUGCGUGAGCUGCAGAUCAAGGAGAGAUGCUCACCGUCAGGAUGGAGAACAACAUGACACCGAUGGCGGGGACCCAAUCAUUGCAUUCGACUUCUUUUACACCGAUGUCACGGGAGGUGAACUAGACUUCAUGCGAAGUGCUCCUAAGGACAAAGAUGCGAUGGUCGUGGUGGUGGCUGUGGACAAGACGACAGGAAUGUCAAGAGCCAUACCCCUAGAGUCGAAAGGUGACCAAUCACUGGUGUAUGCGGCGAAAGAAGUCUUAGGCUUCAUAUCCUAUCUGGGAUAUCAAGGCGUGGUGAUCAGGUCGGACAAUGAGCCUUCUGCAACAGCCUUGACAAAGAUGAUUUGUCACUCCAGGACGAAGUUGGGUUUGAAGACCGUGGCGAGACCGUCACAACCUCAUGAGCAUGCAACAAAUGGAAUGGCAGAGCAGUGUGUUCAGAACAUUCGAGAUCUAGCGGCAACUUUGUUGGAACAGGUGAAGGCUCAAUCGGGAACGGAGAUUCGGACGAGAGAUGAGAUUGCAGGCUGGGCGUAUGUGCAUGCCUCAAUGCUUCAGAACACGUUUGCAGUCAGAGCUGGAACGACUUCGUUCGAGAAGGCAUUUGGCUUGGCCUACAAUGGGAAGCUGGCAUGCUUCGGCGAGGUGGUCCUGUUUGCGUUGAGUCAAGGCCAUCGAAAGAAAGGACGCCCGAAGUUCGUGAAAGGCCUGUGGCUUGGAAAAUCGCUGGUGAACGACAUGCAUGUGUGUGGAACAGCGCUUGGUUUGUACCUGUCAACAACAGUCCGGAGGCUGAAUCCACAGGAAAGGUGGAGCAAGCAUAUGCUGAAAGAAUUCCAAGGCAAACCGUACAAGUUUUCGUUGAGCAGCCUGGGAAAAGUCGUGAUUCCGGCUAUGAAAGACAGGACAAAGCCGAAUGUGGUACCGGACAUGCCAGUGAUGCCGAUGGAAGCAGGUGCAAGACAAUCUAGCCAUGAAGAGCCAGGAGGGGUUUCGACACCAUCGUCACAGCAUGCUAGCUCAGCCCCGUCGGAAGGCGGAACUGGUGAUGGCGUGCGAGAAGAGAUGGACAUCGAGGCAGGAACAGGACAGAAGAGAUCUGAGCCCGAACCAAGUGACAAGGAAGAAGGUAAGCGUGGAGAAAAGCGACCGAUGCCGGAGGAGAAGAACGUCCCGCUGAAUGCACCUCCACUUUAUGCUGGGAGCUCAUCGCCACCAAAGACCUCAAGGGUUUCAACCGUGAAAGUUGCAGAUGCUGAGUACUACACGUUGGAUGAGCACCUAGAAGAGGAGUGGGGUGACAUGGAAGAGUGGGAGAUUUGGUCUGAGGUAGAAGAAGAAGAAGAGAGCAUUGAUUGGGGGGAGCUUUGGCGUAACAGGACUGAGAAUGAAGGGCCUCCAGAACUGUCGGAACACGAGAUGGACCAAGUAGAUGCUGAGAGCAGGAAGACCGAAGUGAAGCGACUCCUUGACAUGGGAGUGUUGGAACAGGUAUCGUCCUUACCUGAGAACGCAGAGUUGUUGCAGACGAAGCAUGUGAUGGACUGGCGGUACCGUGAGGCGAAGUGGAAGAGAAGGGCGAGAUUAGUGUGUAAGCAGCUGAAGAUCUGGGACCCAAACAGGACAGACGUGUAUGCCCCAAGCACCAAUCCAUCAAUUGCAAAGCUGUUGCCGGCCCUCAUGGUUUCCCGACCAGGGUGGCAGAUGGUUAGCUUCGAUGUGAAGGAUGCUUUCCUCGAGGUGAAGCAGCGUCAAGAGCUUUAUGUGAUGUUGGACGGCCUCCCGUAUAGGGUCCAUCGUUGCUUGCCAGGACAGCAGGCAGCGUCUGCGUGGUGGGGCGAACAGCUGGCGGCAGACCUGGCUACAGCUGGCUUGGUGCCAGAUGAAGCAUGUCCGGCAGCGUUUGGACAGCCAGGUUUGGGUGCAACAGUUCAUGUUGAUGAUGGCUUGCUAGCUGGAACCCCAGAGAACACACGAAAGGUAACUGAGAUCCUGGAGAAGAAGUACAAGUUGGAAGUCUCAGAACCCGUGAAGAACAUAGGUGAUAGCCUGAAGUUCUUGAAGAAAGAGUUGCUAAUCACAGAGUCUGGCAUUGAGGUGCGAGUCGACAAGAAGUACUUGGAGAAGAUUUGUGGUGUGUUGGACCUGAAGAGGCCAAGAUUAAGGAAAACACCGUGCAGUCCAGAGAUUGCCAAGAUGGAUGAAUCAGAGCCCUUGCAGGAGUUGGAGGCUUCGAAGUUCAGAGCGGCAGUCGGAAGCUUCUUGUACCUCAGCCCAGAUAGACCAGAUGCCCAAUGGACCAUCGCGCACUUGGCAAGGUCGAUGAGUCGGCCAACGAAGCGCAUGUGGAAGCAUGCCUGUCACCUAGCAGAGUACCUGUUGGCCACAGCCGAUGUGUGUCUCACGUUGGCAUGGACGUAUCCGGGAAGGUCAAGUUUGGAUGAGAGAAAGCUCAGUCGAGAGGAGGCAACAAGGCUGCAAGUAGAGAACAGUGGCAAACCUGAUUUGGUUGAGGGCAUGAGCGAUAGUGACUGGGCUGGACAUUGGACGAGGGUGUCAUCGACGUGUGGCCACGUCUACUUGAAUGGGAACGCGACCUUCAGCUUCGUGAGGAAGCAAGGCUCGAUUUCUCUGUCGUCAUGCGAAGCAGAGCUCAUGGCAUGUUGUUCCACGGCAGCAGAACUGAUGUAUGUUGGGCACGUGAUCAAGACGCUUUCAAGCACACCCUGUCGGUUGUUAUGCCGGCUAGACUCGUCUAGCGCCCGAUCAUUGCUCCAAAAGCGUGGCGUGUCGAAAGUGCGUCAUCUGGAAACGAAACUGCUAUGGGUACAGAGGGAAACUUCGAGGGGAACCUUGGAACUGGGAACAGUAUCCACGUACCUAAAUACUGCCGACAUAGGUACAAAGGCGCUAAGCUCAGAACGCUAUGGAUUUCUGAUGUCUCGCCUGGGCUAUGGUGGCUUCGAGUGUUUGAGCAGAGACAAGCAGAAGUACGAGCAGAUGAAUGCCAAGGUGAUUCGUUUGCUGGUGAUGAUGGAUGCAAUGAGAACCGCGAAUGGAGCAGAAGCCUUUGGAAGAGAUCGUGAGCUUGAGCAAAGUGGCAUCACGAUUAUGAGCGCCUUGAGCCUGGAGAUCAAAGUCAACCAAUGGGGAGGUGUUCUCCUGGUGGCUGCGGGUUUGGUGAUCCUGAUGACCGUGCUGUACAUGGUAUGGCAAAUGGCAUGGAAGGAAAGGCGACUUGGAGACCUACAGAGGAAGGGGAACCACCGCUAUGUGGACCAGAUGAACCUCGACUACCAGAUGAACCUCGACGACCAGAUGAACCUCGACUACCAGAUGAACCUCGACGACCAGAUGAACCUCGACUACCAGAUGAACCUCGACUACCAGAUGAACCUCGACGUCCAGAUGAACAUCGACGACCGGAUGAACCUCUUCGAGCAGGUGAACCUCGACGGCAAGAUGAACCCCAAGUUCGAGUACAAGCUCAACCUGUGCAUCAAGGUGGACACGGGUGGAAUCAGAGACAAGCACAUCGUGAUGGGCGACAUGUUCGGUUGCUCACUCGAGAGCAAGCAGUCCGUGAAGGAUACGAAGGAUGCAGGCAAUGCAACCCGUGAUGAGGACCCAGAUGGAGUGAGAUGA